UUAGUCGGAUAGCAAAGGCUUUAAAGGAAUGUCGUCUAUUGAGGUAGCUUCUCUUUCGGCGCAGGUGACUCCCUGUGCCGCAGGAUUCACCUGGGUGAUUCUGAUGAUGAUGAUGCCCAACUUAGCACGCUCACAGCCGUGUAAGCAUGGGUACUAUCUACACAGGAAAUUCCAAAAAUGCAUGCGUCGGAGAUAUGACAAUAAACAGGAGCCUGGGUACAUAAGGAAAUGGGUGGGUCUCCCGUCGAACGCCACAAGAGCUCCAAGGUUUCAACGGAUCAGGCAGACGACUCCCUACGAAGGUGCUUGGUGGGGCUAUAAUUCCGGAUACGGAAAGGAAGAGCCUUUUAAUUCAGAAGAACCUAGGCCUGUGCCUCCAUAAAGCAAUGUAUAAGUUGUCAAAUAAAAGAAACGCAGUUAGUAAAAAAUAA